AACUGCCACUUAGAGCCCAGGGGAGUUCAGCCUUCCUCGGUUGUCCUGGGGAACUGAGCAGAACCAUGGGUUCUCUGGUCCUGCCGCUAAGUGCCGUCUUCUGCCUGGUGGCUCACUCAGUUUCUGGCAGCCCCAUCAUGGGCCUUGAGCAGUCACCCCUGGAAGAAGACAUGCCCUUCUUUGACGAUAUCUUCACAGAGCAAGAUGGUAUUGACUUCAACACGCUGCUGCAGAGCAUGAAGGACGAGUUUCUCAAGACGUUGAAUCUGUCCGACAUUCCCCUGCAGGACGCGGCCAAAGUGGAUCCGCCCGAGUACAUGCUGGAACUCUACAACAAGUUCGCCACGGACCGGACCUCCAUGCCAUCUGCCAACAUCAUUCGGAGCUUCAAGAACGAAGGUCUGUUUUCUCAACCUGUCAGCUUUAAUGGGCUCCGGAAAUACCCCCUUCUCUUCAACGUGUCCAUCCCGCACCACGAAGAGGUCAUCAUGGCUGAACUCAGGUUAUACACGCUGGUGCAAAGGGAUCGUAUGAUGUAUGACGGUGUGGACCGUAAGAUCACCAUUUUCGAAGUCCUCGAGAGUGUUGAGGGGAACGAGGAUGAAAGGAGCAUGGUGGUCUUAGUGUCAACCGAGAUCUACGGGAUCAACAGUGAAUGGGAGGCGUUCGACGUCACGGACGCCACCAGGCGUUGGCAAAAGUCAGGCCCGUCGACCCAUCAGCUGGAGAUCCACAUCGAGAGCCGACAAAACCAAGCUGAGGACACGGGAAGGGGACAACUGGAAAUCGACGUCAGUGCCCAGAAUAAGCACGACCCUUUGCUCGUUGUGUUUUCCGAUGACCAAAGCAACGACAGGGAGAAGAAAGACGAGCUGGACACGAUGAUCUCUCACGAGCAGGAUCUGGACCUGGACACGGAUGGCUUCUCCAGGGGCCCUGACGAAGAGGCCUUGCUGCAGAUGAGGUCGAACAUGAUCGACGACUCUACCGCUCGCAUCAGAAGGAACGCCAAGGGCAACUACUGCAAGAAGACCUCACUCUACAUCGAUUUCAAGGAGAUUGGCUGGGAUUCCUGGAUCAUCGCGCCGCCUGGGUACGAAGCCUAUGAGUGCCGCGGCGUCUGUAACUACCCCCUGGCCGAGCACCUCACACCCACAAAACAUGCGAUUAUCCAGGCCUUAGUCCACCUCAAGAAUUCCCAGAAAGCGUCCAAAGCCUGUUGUGUGCCCACGAAGCUGGAUCCCAUCUCCAUCCUCUAUUUAGAUAAAGGUGUCGUCACCUACAAAUUUAAAUAUGAAGGAAUGGCUGUGUCUGAAUGUGGCUGUAGAUAGAAGAGGAGUCUCAUGGCUUAUUUAAUAACUGUAGAUGUGUAUAUUUUGUGUUCUAUUUAAAUGAAACUAUUUAAUGAAGGUGUACAGAUAAUAGAGGUUGCCACCCUAGGGAAGCGGACAGGUCAGUGUGCUGUAGAAAAUCUGUAUUUUGCUAUACCAUCCAGUCCCUUCCAUUUAUCUUCUCCGGACUCUCAUUUCCCAGUGACACCAUCUCUAACAACAAAAUGCAGGCCCGUACCACGUACCCUCUUUGUCAGUUUGGAAAGCACAGCCCCUAAAGGGAAAGAGUGUCAGCGCACAGAUAUUUGUGCAGGUUUGUGCAGGUGCACACGGACUUAAGAAAAUCUUUUUGUCCAACAGAGGCAGACGAGACUCAUACCUGUGAGAGACUUCCUCCAGAAUGUCUGUAUUAUAGGAUAUGGGAUUGAGGGUAAGAGAGUUCCUAUCAGGAGUUUAGCCGUCUAGAGAAGCAUAUUUUCCAACUGUUCUGGGAGUGUGGAUGCAAUUCCUUUCCAUUGCAGCUGCCAUGGCUCAGAGCAGCAGACUUGAGGAACAGUCUGCAGGCUCAAGAGGUGGGUGGGGUUGCCAGAUACACAGAACAAAUGGCCUUGACAGGCGACACCCUUGCAAAGAAUGGGCCCCUGGGCUGUGCUCUCCAGAGGGCGGGGCCUAGGCCGGAAGGCUGGGGGUGGGGGGACUUCAGGACUGACUCCCCUUCAGUCAACAGGA